AUGGGAGUAAUCACCAAAGGAGAUUUGAUCUUAGUAUCAGGUGCAUCAGGUUUCAUCGCAUCUCAUACUGCCAAACAGCUAUUACAACAAGGAUACAGAGUGAGAGGUACUGUCCGAUCUGAAGCUAAGGGAGAGUAUCUUAAGGAGAUCUUCAAAGGUUUGGGAGAAUUCGAAUAUGUUUUAGUUGAUGAUAUUACCAAAGAUGGGAUCUUCGACGAAGCUGUCAAAGGAGUUGACGGAGUAGCUCAUCUCGCUUCGCCUUUCUACACUGAGGGAGUCAAAGAUCCUCAAGAACUGAUUGGACCCGCUGUGAAGGGUACUACUGGUAUCUUGAAGAGUAUCCAAAAGAAUAACCCUAGCGUGAAAAGAGUAGUGAUCACUUCGUCUGUAGCUUCUAUCAUGAGUCUGGAAUCCAGAAAACCACCAGUUGUAUAUACCGAAGAAGAUUGGAAUCAAGAUUCCAUCUCGCAUGUAGAGAAGAAUGGUGUAAAAUCAUCAGGGGCAAUGGCAUAUCAAGCUUCGAAGACUCUGGCUGAAAAGGCUUUAUGGAAAUUCAUCGAAGAUGAGAAGCCUUCCUGGGAUGCGGUCGCUAUCAACCCCCCUCUCGUAUUGGGAGAGGUUAUCCAUCAAGUUGAUUCUCCCGAAAAACUCAAUACUUCUGUUGCCUACUUCUGGCAAUGGGCCACAGGCAAAAAGACCGAAUCUGACUUACCUGGCCCCAUGGGUAACUGGGUAGAUGUAAAAGAUGUCGCUCAAGGUCAUAUCAACGCCCUCUCCAUUGAAGAAGCCUCCGGACAACGAUUCAUCACUGGAGCAGGAUACCUCAUAGGUCAAGCCUGGGUAGAUAUUAUUCACAAGAAGUUCCCCGAUCUGAAGAAUGUCCCCGUGGGUAAACCUGGAGAAUACGAGGAAGUCGAAAAGGGUAUGAACCUCUUUAAUGGUGAGAAAGCAACCAAGGUAUUGGGUAUCAAAUACAAAUCUUUGGAGGAAUCAACUGCCGAGAUGGGUGAGAGUUUGUUCAAGAGAUUUGCUAAGCAAUAG